AUGCCACCUCGCCCCUCUCUCCUUGGCAGCCAUCGAGCCCUUUCCUCGCCCACUUCAUCCCCUUCCUUCCUGAUUCGCCACUCCUCCUCUUCCUCCGCCCCCUCUUUCGUCCCCUGCUCCCGCACCUCUGCCGACACCGAAAUACCCUACGGUGAUCCCACUCAAGCUUCCUCCGCCUACCUACCCCAGCACCCAUCCACCCACCCCUCCACAUCCACCUCCACCUCCACCUCCACCCUGGACCCCGCAGCGACGACUUCGACCCCUUCCACUUUGACCGAUCGCCAGAGGCACGUACUGCAGCAGAUCCUCAGGGUCGAUCAGGCGGGGGAAUUAGGCGCCAAUUGGAUUUACAACGGACAGCAUGCGGUGCUCAAGAGGAAGAGGGAUAGCAGGGUCGCGAGUCUAGUCCAGGUCUGUCCUUGUUGGUGGCGUCACGUCUCAUCGGCGCGCUGACGAGACGAAAAACGCUGACUCGAUUGCCCCCACUCCCCCUAAGGACAUGUGGGACGGCGAAAAGAAGCACAUCGCCACGUUCGACAAAUUGAUCACCCAGCAUGGCGUAAGACCGACGGCCUUGUAUCCCGUCUGGAAAGCCGCGGGAUUCGCUUUAGGCGCCGGAACGGCCUUGUUGGGUAAUCGCGCCGCGAUGGCGUGUACGGAGGCGGUCGAGACCGUCAUUGGGGAACAUUAUAAUUCGUAUGUUUAUCGAUUCCUGAACGGGUCUCUUGAGGUGGGACCUACUUCAGCUAAUCGCGUGGAUGUAAAACCCUUCAGACAACUCAAAGAACUCAACCUCGCCUUUCCCAACGACCACCCCUCCAUCCCCUUACUCAAGCAACUCCUCCUCGAAUUCCGAGACGACGAACUAGGUCAUCUCGAUACGGCGGUAGAGAACGAAUCCCAACAGGCACCGGCUUAUGCGUUGCUGAGUGCUGCUAUUGCCACAGGGUGUAGGCUCGCCAUCGGGAUUUCGGGAAAGGUCUGA